CCUGGUGUUUACUGCUGACCCGGUUCUCCUCCGGUCCUGACCGGCAGUCCCUUCAGCAUUUACCCGCUCUCCUCCGCUUCUUACCCGGCGGAAAAAUUCAACAUUUACCGGUCCUCCUCCGGUUCUCCUCCGGUUCUCCUCCGGUGGUCCCUACAGUAUUUACCCGUUCUCCUCCGCUUCUGACCCGGCGGACCACUUCAGCAUUUACCGGUCCUCCUCCGGUUCUACCCCGGUGACCGCCCACCAUGAUCCUGUCCUCCGGGAACAAGCCGCGGGUGUUCCGCCUGCAGCUCUCGGCCGCCGGCCGCUCCUUCUACUGCAGCGGGGACAAGCUCUCCGGCUCCGUGCUGCUGGAGGCCGACGCGCCGUGCCGGCUGGCCGGCCUGCGGGUCACCGCCGCCGGCUGCGCCCGCGUGGAGGGCCGGCGCCGCGGCCACCACUGGAGCCGCGAGGUGGAGUACCUGAAGUUCGAGGAGGAGCUGCGGCUGGAGGAGGAGCUGAGCGCAGACCUGGACGGGUGUUUUCUUCUUCCAGCUGGAAAAUCCUGCAGUUUCAAGUUCGGCUUCGAGCUCCCGGCUCCUGGCCACCUGGUCUCGUCCUACCGGGGGAAGUUCGGCUCGGUCCGCUACUACGUGAGGGCGGAGCUUCUCCGUCCGUCCCAGCAUGCUUUGCACUGCGAGCAGGAGUUCGAGGUGGAAGAACCGCUGGACGUGAACCAGCCGGACCUGCUGGCCCCGGCCGCCGGAUCCCGGCAGAAGAAGGUGACCUGCAUGUUCAUCCCUGACGGACAGGUGUCAAUCACGUCCCAGAUCGACAGGAAGGGAUUCUGCGAGGGCGAGGACAUUUCCAUCAACGCCAAGUUCGAGAACUCCACGUCCCGCAUCGUGGUGCCCAAGGCCGCCAUCGUGGCCCAGCACUCGUACACGCUGGAGGGCAAGACCAAGGUGUGGAAGCAGAAGCUGUCGUCGGUCCGGGGAAACCCCAUCAUCUCAGGAAUGUGUGACAUGUGGGCCGGCCGGACCAUCCGGGUCCCCCGGCUCAAGCCCACGCUGCGCGGCUGUGACAUCAUCCAGGUGGACUACUUCCUGCUGAUCUACCUGCACAUCCCCGGUAGCGAGAAGCUAACGCUGGAGCUGCCGCUGGUGAUCGGCACCGUCCCGUUCAUGGGCAGCCGGACCAGCAGCGUGAGCUCCCGGGUGGGCGGGGGCUCCACCUGCAGCUGGGCCUCCUUCCUGUCGGCCCCCCCCAGCUACGGCAACAUCGCCCAGGACCUGGGGGUGGGGGGGCCCUGCACGCCGCUGCUGCACGACUACGACGGCCAGGACAACGACGACGAGGACCGGGGGCUGUUCAUGACGGCGCCGGAGGGCGGGUUCCCAGGGGGCUACCAGCCCGGCUACCAGCCAGCCCCAGGGGGCUACCCGCCCCCCCCAGCCUACGCUGAGACGGACCCGGACUACGUCCAGCCGGCGCCGGCGGUCCAGGUCUUCUGAAGACGCCUGGAAGACGAGCAUUAACGGAACGCCGAGUCAUCCUGCCCCUCGGUGUCAUGAGGGGGCGGAGCUAAAGCCGCGACCCGUCCAAUCACUGAGCUCAACGAUGACUCAGCUGGUUUCCAGCCUCUCUGCAGUCAGGACUCAGCAGUGUAAAGUCAUGACUCAGCAGUGUAAAGUCAGGACUACGCAGUUUAUAGUUAUGACUAGUGACCUGUUUUCAUGACUCAGCAGUGUAAAGUCAUGACUCAGCAGUGUAAAGUCAUGACUACGCAGUUUAUAGUUAUGACUAGUGACCUGUUUUCAUGACUCAGCAGUUUAUAGUUGUGACUGGUAACCUGUUAUCAGUAACAUAACAGUUUAUAUAUUUAUACAGUUUAUAACAGUGAUAUUUAUGUGUAAACAUCACUGACUCAAAGACGAUAUAAUUUGUUGUGACUCUUGUGCUUUGAAACAGGAAGUUACAGAUGUGUAUAUUUUGUAAAUAAAAGCAGAGUUCUAUUUUUGUAUUCCUCCAAUAAAACUUCACAUUUGUGUUUAAUAGUU